AUGGCCAUGCCGGUUGACAUGUAUGCCAUCCCUGAGCUCGACUUUUCCGACUACACCGCCGCUACUUCUUCCGACGAGGACUGUAAUUACUGGAGCCACUGGUCACCCGUCGUCAACUGGGACGCCUUAACAUGUGGGCCUGGCCAUGAAGGCUUCCAUGACCUCAUGGAAACCAUGAUGGACGACGCAGCCGGGGCAAUGAGCCCCGCAACGGAUCCCAGUGUGGAAGAGGAAGGGUGCAGCAACUCUACUUCCACGACGGAUGUAACCAUGGCCGACGACGAAGUGAACGGCGGUCUGGAGGAUUUCAAGGGCCUGAGACUGGUGCACCUCCUGAUGGCGGCGGCCGAGGCUCUCACUGGAGUCAACAAGAGCCGUGAUCUGGUCAUGGUGAUAUUGGUUCGGCUCAAGGAGUUGGUGUCGCCGACCGACGGAACCAACAUGGAGCGGCUGGCAGCGUAUUUUACGGAUGCCUUGAGGGGCUUAGUAGAAGGAGCGCACAGUACUAAGCAUUGGAAUUGGAUCGCCAACAGUGGCGAAGAGAAUCGUCACCAGACCGACAUGCUGGCGGCCUUCCAGCUCCUUCAGGACAUGUCACCGCACGUCAAGUUCGCCCACUUCACCGCCAAUCAGGCCAUCCUCGAGGCGGUGGCCCAGUACAGGCGGGUCCACAUCGUCGACUAUGACAUCAUGGAAGGGACGCAAUGGGCCUCCUUGAUGCAGGCACUGGCCUCCCGCAAGGACUCGCCACACAUCAGGAUCACGGCUAUCUCCAGGACGGGAAGUGCGCGGAGAUCAAUCGCCACCAUCCAGGAGACUGGCCGUCGUUUGACUGCCUUCGCCGCUUCCAUUGGCCAACCGUUCUCGUUUCACCAAUGCAGGCUCGACUCCGACGAAACCUUUCGUCCCUCCGCCGUGAAACUGGUUCGAGGGGAGGCGGUGGUCUUCAACUGCAUGCUCCACCUGCCCCACCAGAGCUACCGGGCACCAGAAUCGGUGGAGUCGUUUCUGAGGGGAGCGGCGGCAGUGAAGGCGAGAGUGGUGACUUUGGUGGAAGAGGAGGGAGGGCCAACGGGGAAAGAUGUGGGGUUCGUGGGGAGGUUCAUGGACAGGCUGCACCACUAUUCGGCGGUGUACGAUUCGCUGGAGGCGGGGUUUCCGAUGCAGGGUCGGGCGAGGGCGUUGGUGGAGCGGGUGUUCUUGGGGCCCCGAAUAGCCGCGUCGUUGGCCCGAAUAUACAGAAUGGGGGAAUCGGAGGGAGGAGAGAGGGGGUCGUGGGGAGAGUGGAUGGGUGAGGAAGGCUUCAGGGGAGUGGACAUAAGCUUCGCGAAUCACUGUCAGGCGAAGCUGCUGCUGGGGUUAUUCAACGACGGGUAUGGGGUGGAGGAGAUGGGCAGUAAAAACAAGUUGGUUCUGAGUUGGAAAUCAAGGCGCUUGCUUUCCGCUUCUGUUUGGACUCCAUUUGUAAAUUAA